GCCCUCGAAGGUCUCCCUCAACCCACCUCCCCCUCUGGCGGAGGUUGAAUUCAGGGGCCGGGAUUGGAAGGCGUGUUUCCGGCUGGACUGAAAUCCUGUGAGGAAGAUUGGCGCCCUCCCCGUCCCCUGCCCUCCCUGGGAAUUCUCUGAAGAUGCGGCCCCCUGCUCGGCGUGACCCCGGAGCCCCGUUCCCGGCCCCGCCCCAUCCGGGGGCCGACCCGGGCUGGGGACUUCGGGGGUCCUGGCCUGAGCCCGCUGCGUGAGAACGGUCCCGGCCGCUGUGGGGAGGGGCCGCGCGCGAGCCUCACCGGGGGGGCCCUAGAAGGCGAACAAGUGCCCUCCUCCCGAGCCCUGCGCGAACUUCGCCGAGCCAGUCCUCAGGCAAAGGGUCUCUUUUUUUUAGUUCAGAUUCUGAAGGAAGACUUCCAUUUGAUAAUUUGUUUAAUCAGUGCAAGUGAAAUUAAGGAAAAAUGGAUGUAGAAAGUGAGCAGAUACUGAAUGUAAACCCUGCAGAUCCUGAUAAUUUAAGUGACUGUCUCUUUUCCGGUGAUGAAGAAAACGCUGGGACUGAGGAAAUAAAGAAUGAAAUAAAUGGAAAUUGGAUUUCAGCAUCCUCCAUUAAUGAAGCUAGAAUUAAUGCCAAGGCAAAAAGGCGACUAAGGAAAAACUCAUCCCGGGACUCUGGCAGAGGAGAUUCGGUCAGCGACAAUGGGAGUGACGCCCUUAGAAGUGGAGUAACUGUGCCAACCAGUCCAAAGGGAAGGUUGCUGGAUAGGCGAUCCAGAUCUGGGAAAGGAAGGGGACUACCAAAGAAAGGUGGUGCAGGAGGCAAAGGUGUCUGGGGUACACCUGGACAGGUGUAUGAUGUGGAGGAGGUAGAUGUGAAAGAUCCUAACUAUGAUGAUGACCAGGAGAACUGUGUUUAUGAAACUGUAGUUUUGCCUUUGGAUGAAAGGGCAUUUGAGAAGACUUUAACACCAAUCAUACAGGAAUAUUUUGAGCAUGGAGAUACUAAUGAAGUUGCGGAAAUGUUAAGAGAUUUAAAUCUUGGUGAAAUGAAAAGUGGAGUACCUGUGUUGGCAGUGUCCUUAGCAUUGGAGGGGAAGGCUAGUCAUAGAGAGAUGACAUCUAAGCUUCUUUCUGACCUUUGUGGGACAGUAAUGAGCACAAGUGAUGUGGAAAAAUCAUUUGAUAAAUUGUUGAAAGAUCUACCUGAAUUAGCAUUGGAUACUCCUAGAGCACCACAGUUGGUGGGCCAGUUUAUUGCUAGAGCUGUUGGAGAUGGAAUUUUAUGUAAUACCUAUAUUGAUAGUUACAAAGGAACUGUAGAUUGUGUGCAGGCUAGAGCUGCUCUGGAUAAGGCUACCGUGCUUCUGAGCAUGUCUAAAGGUGGGAAGCGUAAAGAUAGUGUGUGGGGCUCUGGAGGUGGGCAGCAAUCUGUCAAUCACCUUGUUAAAGAGAUUGAUAUGCUGCUGAAAGAAUAUUUACUCUCUGGAGACAUAUCUGAAGCUGAACAUUGCCUUAAGGAACUGGAAGUACCUCAUUUUCACCAUGAGCUUGUAUAUGAAGCUGUUAUAAUGGUUUUAGAGUCAACUGGAGAAAGUACCUUUAAGAUGAUUUUGGAUUUAUUAAAGUCCCUUUGGAAGUCUUCUACCAUUACUGUAGACCAAAUGAAAAGAGGUUAUGAGAGAAUUUACAACGAAAUUCCAGACAUUAAUCUGGAUGUCCCACACUCGUACUCUGUGCUGGAGCGGUUUGUAGAAGAAUGUUUUCAGGCUGGAAUAAUUUCCAAGCAACUCAGAGAUCUUUGUCCUUCAAGGGGCAGAAAGCGUUUUGUAAGCGAAGGAGAUGGAGGUCGUCUUAAACCAGAGAGCUACUGAAUAUAAGAACUCUUGCAGUCUUAGAUGUUUUAAAAAUAUAUAUCUGAAUUGUAAGAGUUGUUAGCACAAGUUUUUUUUUUUUUUUUUAAGCACUUGUUUUGGGUACAAGGCAUUUCUGACAUUUUAUAAACCUACAUUUAAGGGGAAUUUUUAAAGGAAAUGUUUUUUCUUUUUUUUUGUUUUUCGAGGGGGCAAAGGAGGGACAGAAAAGUAACCUCUUCUUAAGUGGAAUAUUCUAAUAAGCUACCUUUUGUAAGUGCCAUGUUUAUGACCUAAUCAUUCCAAGUUUUGCAUUGAUGUCUGACUGCCACUCCUUUCUUUCAAGGACAGUGUUUUUUGUAGUAAAAUCACUGGUUUAUACAAAGCUUUAUUUAGGGGGUAAAGUUAAGCUGCUAAAACCCCAUGUUGGCUGCUGCUGUUGAGAUACUGUGCUUUGGGAGUAAAAAAAGAAAGUUGUUUCUUUGUCUUAAAGAAUUUUUAAAAAAUUAGUCAUGAGACUUAUUCAUCUUUCCAGGGAACAUACUGAUUGGUCUUAAAAGACUAGACAGUUAAGUAAAUGGUGGCUGGAACAUCUAUUUUUCUACAAAACUGGAAAAAUGAACCUGGUUCUGGAAGAAUGUACACCAAAAUAAAACAUGUGAAGCAGUGUUGAUUCUU